UAUUUUUCUCUUUCAGUUGAAUGGAUUGCUGCGGUCGCUUUUGCUGCGGGAACAGCAGCUGUUGGGUAUUUCGCUUACAAAAAGUAUUUUAGCAAGGGCAAAGGUUGCAGUGGAAUGGUGAACCUCCACAUUCAGAAAGAUAAUCCCAAAGUAGUUCAUGCAUUCGAUAUGGAAGAUUUGGGAGAGAAAGCAGUAUACUGCCGAUGUUGGAGAUCUAAAACGGUGAGAGAACAGCAGGCUCAAAUCCCUUGUAAAUUUUUUAUUGUGAAUGUAUUUGUCGAAUUUCCAAAACAAAAUAAUGACUGCUAGAUUAUAGUUAAGUAUCGGUGGUGUCUGUGUGUAUAAACAGGAAGCUGUUAUUAGGGAACGACUUUUACAUUCAUCAUUGAAGUAACGAUCAAAGAGUAUUUGAAACAGAGAAAUCAUGAUAAUGUGACGAGAGAUGUGAAGGUUCACAAGAAUUGGGAGAGGGAAAAACAUUGAAAAGAAUUUCUGCAAGAACUCUGUAAAGAAUUGGCAUAUCCUAUAUUUAUAAAUCAAUGGCUAAGAGUUCCACAGAAUAUUAAGUAAGUUUGUUAAAUCUAAUUCAACAGAUAACACUUUUUCAUGUUUGUUGGGUGAGUCAGAGAUUGUUUUAGAAAGCCUGGCUUUCAACACAAUACAAUGGAUCAGGGUACAUUUAGUCAUAUGAUACAGUUUGUCCUUCUGUUGACUUGGUUUGGUUCAAUAGCCAUAUCUUAGUUAAGGUGGGCUUACAAAGAUAGAUCAGUGUUCUGUCCCCCCCUUCCCGGCUCGUUAACAAACGCAGGCAGGCAACUUA